CUCGGCCUGCCCACACCGUGCUCCGAGCCGACGCCGCCCCCUCCUUGCUUAUAUAACUUUCGCCGACUCUUCGUCUCUCACAAGCGCACGCAUUUCCGACAGCGCAUCCCGAAUUCAGCGUAUCCACGGCGACUCUCGCCGACACCCAGCUCACCGCCCCCUCUCCACCCUACCUCUUCCCCCCUCGCCCCCACCGCACCGCCGCUUCAUGCCGUACUGGUCCCUCCGCGUCGGCUACACUUGCGACCCCAAUGACUAAAUCUGAGGUCUCGCCCCCACCGGCCCUGCCGUUCCCGGCUCAUACAGCCGAGGCCGCCAAGGUCCUCGAGGCGCUCGGCGUCGACCCCUCGCAGGGCCUGUCGGCGUCCGAGGCCGCCGCCCGGCUUGGAACGUACGGCCCGAACCGCAUCAAGCCGCCGCCCAAGGCCAACCUCGGCAAGAUUUUAUUUAGACAGGUCGCAAAUGCGAUGACGGUAAUUUUGAUCGGCGCCAUGGCAGUGUCCUUUGGCGUUAUGGACUGGAUUGCGGGCGGCGUCAUUGCCGGCCUCAUCCUUCUGAACAUCAGCGUAGGCGCAUGGACGGAAUGGGAGGCGGAGAAGAUUGUCGCGAAUCUCGCGGUAGUCGGUGCGCCGACGGCCGUCGUGCUGCGGCACGCGGACUCUCCGGCGACGGCUCAGCCGCUCGAAAUCGCCAUCGAAGACGUCGUCCCUGGCGACAUCGUACUGCUGAAGCACGGCGACAUUGUACCCGCCGACGGCCGCGUUCUCGAGGGCCUGAGCAAUCUCGAGGCCGACGAAGCCUUCCUGACUGGCGAGUCGUUGCCAGUUUCGAAGCAGGCUGAGCCGGUCGACGAGACCGACUGCCCCGUUGGCGAUCGGUUGAGCAUGGUAUUCUCUGGCGCUAUGAUCACGAAGGGACGCGCGUCUAUCGUCGUCACCGGUACAGGCAUGGCGACGGAGAUCGGCGCGAUCGCCCGCGCGCUGCAGAGCAAGGGCGAGCGCACGGAAACCGGCCUCGCCGCCGCAUGGUAUUGGUGUCUCGUCAAGCUGGGUCUCCGCGAGACCUCGCCGCUGCAGUACAAGUUGAACAAGCUCGCCUUUUCGCUCCUUCUCGCGGCGAUUGUCACAGCCGUCGUCGUGCUCGCAUCCACGGGAUUUAGAGACAUUCCGCGCAGCAUGGCGACGUAUACCGUCGCGGCGGCCGUGUCGAUGCUUCCUGUUUCCAUGGUCGCAGUUGUGUCGCUCACGCUCGCGCAGGCGUCGGCCGCGCUCGCGAAGGAACACGUCCUCGUGCGCCGCAUGGACGCGAUCGAGGCCCUUGCGGGCGUCGACAACGUCUGUUCCGAUAAGACCGGCACGCUUACCGUAGGGCGCAUGGUCGUGCGCAAGAUGUGGGUUCCCAAGGCUGGCGAGAAGGGCGGGAGUGGCACGACGUAUGCGUUUAGAUCCGGUUCGGAUCCGUUCAGCCCGUACGGCGAGGUGACGGUUGAAGGUGAGGGCGGCGGCGAGCCGCUGUCGCCGGCCAAGAUCCAGGAGGCUGCGCCCGAGCUGCACGCCCUCGCGAUGUGUACUGCGCUGUGCAACCAAGUCGUACUUUCGCCACCGCGCGACAGCGACGAGGGGUGGCAGGCGAAUGGCGACCCGACCGAGACCGCUCUCCAGGUUGCAUCGUACAAGCUCGGCUACGCCAAGCCGUCGCUCACGGGCGCUGCGCUGCCGGAGGACAUCCCCGCCAUUUCCGUUCCCCGGCCGUACCAACAGGUAGUCGAGCACGCGUUCGAUUCGGGCGUUAAGCGCAUGUCGAUCGCGUAUGUCGGUGCCGGCGGCUACACUUGUUUCCUCAAGGGCGCAGUCGAGCGCAUCCUCGACUGCUGCACGACUAUGGGUACAGAGAAGAUGACGCCCGGGGCGCGCGACGACCUCAUGCGCACGGUCGAGCACCUCGCGUCGCAGGGCCUGCGUGUGCUGGGCUUCGCGAGCAAGAACGAGCCGGAGACGGUGGACGUCGCUUCGCUCCCGCGCGAGGCGUUCGAGGCUACAGGAUGGACAUUCCUCGGAUUGGCGGGGAUCUACGACCCGCCGCGCGAGGAGUCUGCCGGCGCCGUGGAGGCGUGCCAUGCCGCCAGCAUUACGCCGCGCAUGCUCACGGGCGACCACCCCGCGACGGCCAGAGCGAUAGCGCUCACCAUCGGUAUUCUUCCGCGCACGUACCCCGCCGCGGCGGUCAUGACGGGACAGCAGUUCGAUGCCCUGAGCAACGCCGAGGUGGACGCCCUACCCGAUCUACCUCUCGUAGUCGCGCGCUGCGCGCCCGAGACGAAAGUGCGUAUGGUGGACGCGCUGCACCGGCGCGGGCAGAGCACGGCCAUGACAGGCGACGGCGUCAACGACUCGCCGGCGCUCAAGCGCGCCGACGUGGGCGUCGCGAUGGGCACGGGCUCCGACGUCGCGAAGCAAAGCGCGCGCAUCGUGCUCACGGACGACAACUUUGCGAGCAUCAUCGGCGCGAUCUCCAAGGGCCGCAACGUGUUCAUGAACCUCUCCAAGUUCCUCCUCUACCUGCUCUCCGGCAACGUCGGGCAGCUGACGGUCAUGCUCAUCGGGCUCGCGUUCCAAGACCAGGACGGGUUCUCGGUGUUCCCGCUCUCGCCGGUCUCGGCGCUCUGGGUGAACACGCUCACCGCGGGCCCGCCGGCGAUGGCGCUCGGCGUGGAGCCGCCGUCGCCGGACGCCAUGACGCGCCCGCCCGAGGCUUACGCGACGAUCUUUACGCCCGAGUUCAUCAUCGACCUCUUCUUCUACGGCCUCCUUCUCGGCGCCCAGUCGCUCGUCAACUUCGUCAUCGUCAUGUACGGCUAUUUCCCCGGCGACCUGGGACACGACUGCAACGAGCGUGAUUUGGCGGUGUGCGCGCCCGUCUUCCGCGCCCGCGCGACGUGCAUGGCGACCCUGCAGAUCUGCAUGCUCCUCCACGCCUUCCAGUGCAAGCACGCGACGAUCUCAGUGUUCAAGCUCGACUUGCGCGCGAACAAGAUGCUCCUCUGGUGCGUGCUCGCCCUCGUCGCGUCCACGUUCCCCAUCAUGUACAUCCCGGUCAUCAACAACCGCGUCUUCCUCAUCGGCCCCAUGAAGUGGGAGUGGGGGAUCGUGUUUGCGCAGAUCUUCGUGUACGUCGCCGCGUCCGAGGCGUACAAGUGGGGCAAGCGGGUGUUGUUCCGGCGCCGCAUGGCGGCGGGCGACGUCGAGGGCGGUGUGAGCGAGGAGUAAGCGCCCGAGCGCGCGUGGCUGGCGAGAAGGCGCAUGCAUGCUGGCCAGGAAGUCCAACCAGAUCGAGACAGUAGAAGUAGAAGCUAGACAUAUUCAACUAUGGCAAUGCACAAUGUGACUCGGGAC